AUGAAGCUCGAACUCGAUUCCCUCGGUCAGAUCAAGAACUAUGUUCAUAUGGGCCAAGCCGUUGUUCUUUUCCUGGCAUGGGCAUUGCAAAUAGCGGUCCUCGCCCAGAGUGGCGAGAAUGACGGUAGGGUGGGAUGGUACUUUGGAUUGUGCUGGCUUACGAUCCCAAUUCUCAUCUACCUGACUAUGGUACCCAUGUGGUCUCGAGCACGCCGAUUCUCCAACGUAUAUGCCUUCGCCGCGCUCGACAUGGCCGGCAUUGUUCUCUGGCUCUCGGCAUGGGCGAGCAUGGCAAGCUACGUCGCGCAAGGCAAGAGCGAAGGUAGUGCUGACGAGGACGACAAUGACAAUGAGGAUCGUGGGAGCGGCUGCGACAACUUCGGAUACGGCUCUGCUCGCCGCUGCCAACUCUCCACUGGCACUACGAUACUGGGCGUUUUCAUCAUGCUUGGCUUCUGCGCUACUGCUCUGUUCUCGUUCCGCGCGGUCAUGAACUUCAAACGCACCGGAAUCGCUCCUAACCAGGAUAUGGGCGGAGACAUGGGUAGCAAUCAAAAGUACGGCGACUUCCAGGCGCAGACGCAGGGCGACUUUGACACCAACAUGCAUAAUGACGAUUUUGACGACGCACACAACGGCCGCGAUCCGCGGCAGGGAUAUGGGUAUUCGGGCGUCGAAGGACACGAUCAGGAUGAAUACGCGCCCAUGUAUCAACACGAUCAGUCGGACUUGCGGCCACAUGAGCCCAUGAGCCCUCUUGGGCCGAGUCCGACAGCACCAUACGGAGUCAGCGCUGGCUAUGAUGGGGCGCAUCAACUUCACGACCAGCCUACCAGUUAUGGGGGUGCUACUGGAAACUACCGGUGA